GCAGUAACAGCUUGAUAUCUUUUGAAACAAAUAUAAAGAAGUACAAGUCAUUUUCCGAGCGUCUUUGGAGCAAACAUAACAGAUAUUUUGAACUUAAAGUUUUAACCGAAAAUGCCAGGAUCAGGCUCUAUGCUUACAAUAAUAUUGCUGACAUCAGUUGCUGUUUUGCAACUUUCCGAAGCCGGUUGUCCAGGUAACCAUACUCGUACGCCUUGUGACGAAGGAAAUCCAUGCAGAUCAGGCUGGGCAUGCUUGGGACCUGACGGUAACCAGACUUGCUACAAAUGCAGGUGCAAUCGGAUAAGUGAAUGUGAACUCAACAACGGCAACUUGGUGUGUAAUUGUGAAAACUCGAAUGGCUUCACAGGAGAAUUUUGCAAGUGUCCGCCAACUGUCGCCUGUGACUAUGCCUACUUAUUUAGCGGUGUGUGCACCGAGUUUUACAAUGAAUUUAAAACAAUCGACAACGUUAAAAUAAGGAACGACGUGCCGGUCAUAGAUUAUCUUGAAUCAACCCUUGACGGUUGCAGGAGUAAGUGUCUUGACAAUAUUGAUUGUCAUUUAUUUACUUUCUCGGAAAGAGAUGAAUGUACAACAUAUGGUCCACCUAAUCCAGUGGACAUCUUGGACCAUCUCGACGGAGAUACAGAUUUUCAGCUGCGUAUUAGAAAGUGUAAAAAGUGCUUUUGAAUACUUGGGAGCGAAGCGAUAGAUUUUAAAGUCCGUUAGAUUGAAAUGAUUAGACAGACCUACAAUAACAUAAGAACACAUACAGACUUCCCUAAUAGAGACAAAUAAUGAACUCAGUUGUGAAUGCUUUUGUCGUAAGUGUACUUAGAUCUCUUUUGUUGUUAAUGAACCAGUGUUUCAGAUAAUUAAUCAGAAUGUUUUUACUUUUACACUGGGCUAUAAAACCAAACGUACAUGGGGCGUGUUUGUUUUAUUUCCGGAAUAUUUUGUUUUAUUUAGUUUCACUUAAAUAUGAAUGUAAGUGACAUAUAACAAUAUUUGAAGUUUGUUAAUAUCAAAUCCCUCCAAUGAAAAUUAUUCUAACAAAUCUGUUUCGAAAUGUAUUUCAAUAGCAAACUUCAGGGAUAGUUUAAUAAAUUCAUAACCUCCGGCAAA